AUGUUUGCAACGAUGCUGAAGAUACUUCCAAUCCUAGCCACCCUUGCAGGUCACGCCAGCGGCGUUGUGGUGACUGUUCCUGAGAAGAUAGUGAAUGUCACGACAGGCGGCAACGCAACCCUCCUCUGUACGUACGCGAGUUCUCAGCCGCUGGGAAAUUUCUUUAUCCAGUGGAGCUUUUACAGUGCCAAAGAGAGCCAGCUGCACACCCACUCCCCGUGUCACGGUAUUCUGAGUAUGGAUGAAAAGUCAGUCAGUCAUUGUCAAAAGAUGGUGUAUGUGACAGAUGCACGGGGAAGAUGUAGCUGGAGAUACAAGAUCUAUUAUUAUUCAGGAGGACAGUCUUACUCCUAUGGAGAGUUUAAGAACAGGAUCACAGCUGCAACAGGUCCAGGGAAUGCAUCGAUAACAAUCUCCAACAUGCAGCCCUCUGACACUGGUUCCUACACCUGUGAAGUUUUCAGCCCACUGAAUGAUGCUGGCCAGAGCCAAAAAUCAGUGAUUGUCAACGUGCUGGUCAAACCAUCAAAGCCUUUCUGCAAAAUAGAAGGAACGCCAGAGAAAGGCCAUCUAAUCUACCUCUUAUGCAAAUGUGAAGAGGGAUUGCCUCACCCUACCUACCACUGGUACAAAGUAGACGACAAUACCCUCACGCCUGUGACUGAGCAAUUCAAUCCAAACACUGGCAUUCUUUACAUUGGCAACCUCACUACCUUUGAAACAGGAUAUUACCGCUGUAUAGCCAGCAAUGUCAUGGGGAACAGUACCUGUGAGCUUGACCUAACUUCAAUGCAUUCAGACAGUGCUAUUGUUGCUGGAGCAUUAAUUGGAGCAAUAGUGGCAGCUGUUAUCAUUUGUGUUAUCGUCUGGGUCUUAACCAAGAAAGCAAAGAAAAAGAAGUCAUCAAGUAAUGAAAUGCAAGUAAUGGCUCAGAAACAAUCCAAUGCAGAGUACGUUCAGGUACCGAAUGAAGAAAACAUACCUGCAACCACAGUUCCAUCAAGCAAUGAGACAAACGAAUACCCCAGUGUUGAUGAAACAGCAGCCUCUGGAACACCUGAAAAUGAUGAGAAGCAAGACGUGGAAAAAGAAGAAACAGCCUAG